UGAUAUUUUUAAGUAAACAUUGAAAAGAACCAUAGCUUACAGCCUCGAUGAAUUUUGAAAAUCGCAUUCGCAUUCAUUUGUAAAAUUUUAACUGUUCGAUAAGGUAGCCUAUACCAAGACAAUGGGAACUUACGUAGAAAACUUAUUAUUCUUUUUCCUAUUCGGGAAUAUUUUGCUGUUUAACGCUGCGCACGGCUCGAUAAUUAAUCGUUCGAAUAAUGAUGGUGAUUCAAAAAGUCCAACAAAUGCGAGCCCUGUUCCAGAAAUUCAGAUCCAAUUAAUUCCUGCAAAUGAUUCAGAAAGUAACGAUUUAAACGGCUCGAGUGCCGCUCAAGGUGCUCCGGCUGAUAUGAAAAAUUUGAAUAACGAUGUAAAUGAUUCACACGUUGCUCAAAAUACCGCAGGUGACACUCUUCCAAACUCUGCAAAUAUACUAGAUAACUUGCUUGGCUCAAAUCAAACAACGCAAGAUGCGCCCCAAAACCAAAAUAACGACGUUCUGAUGAACAUUCUUAGGCAAUUAUUAGCAGGCACAGCAACUCCGAAUGCAAACUCUCAGAUCGAAUCAAAGGAUAAUCCAGAUGAUUCAAUCGGAAUAACUGUUUUACCAGUCGCACAAAACGAUUCUCUCCAGAAUAAUACCGCUCCUGCACCGCAAGGAAUUGUACCUGCAGCUUCUACUGUUGCACAAGAAACGGGCUCUACCCAAAAUACCCCCGAUUCGAUUGGAAUAACGAUAGAACCUGCGACACAAAAUGAUUCUUCGCAAUGCAUUAGUCCGGCCGAAAGUACUAGUACUGCUCUCGUUCCUGAACAACAAACGGAUUCUGCCCAAAACGCUCCCGAUUCGAUUGGAAUAACGAUAGAACCUGCGACACAAAAUGAAUCUUCGCAAUACAGUACUCCGGCUGAAAGUACUAGUACUGCUCUUGUUCCUUAUCAACCAGAGGGAACUGCAUCCGGAACCGGAACUACUGCAACUCCACUAAUGCAAGAUAACGAUACAACGCCCAUUCUGAGUCUGAGUAUUUCUCCCUACGAAAAUGGAACUACUCCAGAUCAAUCUCAACAACAAAAUGUCGAUAAUAAUUCCGCUAUUGAAAACUCAACACCUGAUCAAGGUUGUGGCAUGCAAAUUUCGGUUUCUCCGCAGCCAACAUUACAACUAAAUCAGGUCACGGUGAGCCAGAUUCUGUAUCAUUUGAAAAUGCAGUAUGAGCAUUUGUACUCCAAACAAGGCAACAGCAGUGAAACGUACGAAGUUAUACAAACACAACAAACGUUCCUCAGGGAAAUGUUGCAAGCGUCCAAAGAGGUGACUUCGGAAAAUAAUAAAAAUAUCGUAUCGACGACUUACGCCGCAUAUUAUUCCACCGAAUACGCGUAUACUUUUUUACUAUGCAAACUACAUCAUACUGCAGCAGGUGCUACAGACAAAAAUAAUCCCACGCAUGCAAACACUUCGUCCAAGUGCUCUCAAAUCAUGAAAACAUUCAGCUCGUUCAGUAUGUCCUACAAAGAAAUAAUCUCCCAAGUUAUCGAAAACAACGGAAGCGAUGUUUUGAAAUAUGACAAUAAAAACGACGACGGUCAAACGAAUACUGAUAAUGGUACUCCGAAUGAUUCGAACACAAAUACACCGAGUAAAAAAGUAUCAACAUCGAAUGAUGAAACCAUCGAACGACAAAAUCUUGAAAAAGAUUUGCACGGAUACGAUCCCGAUAAGUUUUACAACCGCGUAAGAUCGGAAGGAACUGAUUUGGACCAAUUCGAUACAAAACAAAGUCAACAAAUAGGCGAUUCCGUAUAUUCCAAUGAAACAAAAGGAAAAAAAUCCGACUCUACAGCUUAUCUCCUAUCGGAAGUUAGAGGAAUACCGAAAAAUGCAUCACUGGAUGAUCCUUCAAACGGAGCACAGCGUUUAAGAAAAAUGAGCAAUACCUUGCGAAUAAAUAGCGAUGCCGAUACUCGUGGACAUGUAGAAAAUGGUGAAAUUGAAAUCAAUUCCGAUCAUUUGCAACAUUUCGACGAAACACAAAGACAGUUGGACCAGCUGGAAAGAAAUUAUUUUGACGAUGACAAUAAAAACAUCGGUGGAAAUAUUAAAAAUGCCAAAUUACAAGAUGUCGAGAAGCAUUACUCCUCAACAGUGCAACAUAUUCGAGAUGUAAACGGCCAACAUAUCGAAAGUACAUUCAGUUUUGUUCUAUUUUCAGAGCAAGUGACCAUACCAAAACCUCAGCAAACAAAUGCAAAAAAAUAUACGUUCAAACAAGCAGUUGAAAAACUCACAACGUACAUCGAAAUUUUGCACGUAUUCACUGCGAAUUUGGAGAAACAUGUGCAAGAUAAAAAAGCCACAGAUGGCAAACAAGUUGCAGAUACCUUGCACGAAGACAUUUAUCAGAAAACUUUGAGCUAUAGACAAUAUUUAAAGGAAUAUUUUGCAUCGACAAAUGUUGAAAGCGGUACGUUUAGCGGCAAAACCGAGGUAGACACGAUCGAACAGGAAACUGAAAGUUGGGAAACGACUGUAGAAAAACGAUUUUCGUUGUUAGAAAGUGCAGAUCCUCAAGGCCAAACAAAUUCACCGCAAUCGCCAACCGAUACCAAAGAUGCAGAUAAAAUGAAGGCCGAUCCUAUCCAACUUUUGUGGUAUUUUGAAGAAGCUAGUUACUAUAUGGAACAUUUGCAACAGUCUCAAAUUGAAUUUAUGAGUUAUUUGCCUUACCCGGAUUACAAUGUGAAGGCUGUUCCCGAUAAUCAGAAUGGUGCGGAUGUACAGUUCUUCUUGAACUAAGUACAUACUAAGUAGUAGAAAUAAUUUGAAGCUCGAUAUACCUAUCCAGAUCUCUUUUUUUAAAAAUCAAUUCUAUAUUUUAUAAAUUAAAUUAAGCCUAUACGAUGUAAGUUACAUUUAUGUUUAUUUUGCUGCGUGGGAUAGGUAUGGAUCAUGCUUCAGGCUUGAUGAGUUGAUUUUAUUCUUUAAUUUAUGUAUUAGUUGUUAAUUAUUUCAGUUUUAUUUUAUUUUUAGUAUGGUUUAGUUACUGUUAUUAUACAUUUAGAAUUUAGAUAUUAAAUCAUAAUAUUAGUUAGGUAUUAACAUUAUAUUAAUAUAGGUUACAUUAUUAGAUUAUACAUAAGUAGUUAAACAAGGUUAUCAGAUACAGUACUCGUAUGCGUCCUAAACACCAAAUUUUUUUCCUAAUUUAUGAUUUUUGGACUAAAUUAUCUCAAUUUUAUGCACCAUAUCCCGAAUCAAAAUACACCGAAAUUUCCACCCGCUG